UUUCAAAACUCUCAAUCUAUACCCUUUGUCAGACAUGUUUGGCUCUCACAAGUGAGUUUGUUGUUCUCUAGCCUUUCCCAAUGACCCCUGACAACCAGAUUUCAAUUAGGAAAUGUCCCAACUACAGUGCUGUAUUUUGAACCCUGAAAACUUCCUGCCAAUGUGAGAACUUUCCUUUCCCCAUCAACUUGGCUUCCUUCUCUCUUGUCUUGAAUGCUACUAUUGGCAGAGCAAAUAUGACUCAGAAACUGGCUCCUCAGGGUUGUAACAUUAGAUGAUACAUGGGUUGGGUGAUUGUACUGUGAACCAAUGCCUUUGUUUCACUGGGCUGGGCACUCUAGAAAGUGUGUUGCUGCCAGAGUUGCUGGGAAAGCACACACAGGUUUGGAAAGAAAGGGCUUGCCCCCGGCCUGGGCUUCUAGGGACCCUUCUUCCAGCUGGGAAGCGUUCUGAUAUUAAACAGAAAUACCUCCAGAAGAUAAGCUUUAGAGGUGAAAUAAGUCUGUGAAGAACCAGCAUGGGAAUUCUAUACUCUGAGCCCAUCUGCCAGGCGGCCUAUCAGAAUGACUUUGGUCAAGUGUUGCGGUGGGCGAGAGAAGACAACGACUAUAUUAACAUUCAAGAUGGCUUUAAUGGAGACACUCCCCUGAUCUGCGCUUGCAGGCGUGGGCACCUGAAAAUUGUUUCCUUCCUUUUAAGAAGAAAUGCUAAUGUGAAUCUCAAAAACCAGCUCAUUGAUGUGAUUGGUAAUCCAAUUAUCACAGACUGUUUUGCAUUAUACUCAUUUAAAGAGAGAACCUGCUUGCAUUAUGCUGUGAAGAAGAGAUUUACCUUCUUUGAUUACCUACUCAUCAUCCUCUUAAUGCCUGUUCUGCUUAUUGGGUAUUUCCUCAUGAUAUCAAAGACAAAGAAAAAUGAAACUCUUGUCCAAAUGAUACUUGACGCUGGCAUCGAAGUUAAUGCUACAGACUGCUAUGGCUGCACUGCCCUGCAUUACGCCUGUGAGAUGAAAAACCAGACGGUUAUCCCUCUGCUCCUGGAAGCCCAUGCAGAUCCCACAAUAAAGAAUAAGGAUGGUGAGAGUCCACUGGACAUUGCACAGAGAUUAAAAUUUUCCCAGAUUGAAUUAAUGCUAAGGAAAGUUUCAUAGUCCUGUGGCCUCACAGAUGGAGAAGUAGGCAAAGUUAAAGGACUGGAUUCUAUCUCCAUCUUGGACUGUUGGACUAUAGGCCAUUCAACGUGGAAGUCACCAUUUCAUGGGGAUAAUGAUGUUUGCCAUGGGUAAUUUUUUUUGAAGAGCUUGGUAUUUAUAAUGUGUUUCACUCUGUGGAGUUCACCAUGGCCAUAAUCCUCUAGGGAAAGCACUGAUUUGUUGGAAUCUUCACUUCAGCCUAAACACAUGAUGUUUCGACCUCAGUGUCUUCUAAAGAAGAGGAGCAGAGUUAUAUGAGAGAGCAUUCUCUUUUCUCUGUUGUUUCACUUAUAAAGAAUCUGUCCUGUCUACUUCAUGCCCUAGGAGACAAACUAUUUCUUUCAGGUCCCUUUGAGUAGUAAGAAGAAAAAUCAAAAUGUGUACAUUUGUAUGUAUGUGCGUGGGUUUAGAAGUUCAUGUGUAAAUAUUUCUUUGGUGAAAUAACUUCAACAAAGACAUCUAUCAGUUGUCAGUGGUAGAAGUAUUUACAUCAUAGAAAUUGGCAAAUGCUAUAAAUGAGGGGUUUUCUUCCUUCCUUCCUUCCUUCCCUCCCUCCCUCCCUCCUUCCUUCCUUCCUUCCUUCCUUUCUUUCCAGAAAGCCAGCUUAUCAGCACACUACUAGCCAUUUUGGUAUUAGAUUACAAGUAAAAGCUGUCUUAGUUUUGAACAAGACUACGUAACUAUCAAUAUGUUUGUUCAAAAAGAUCUUUAUGAUCCUCUUGAGAAUACAAGCCAGAUGCUGAACUUGCUAGUUUGGUUUAUUUUUAUUGAUAAAAUUUUAAAUAUUAUUGUAAAUUAUUUAGGUGAAGGGUUUCUUUACAAAAAAAUAGAACUAUAUGAUGAGACGAGCUGGUAUCUGGAAUAUACUUCUAAGCGAGAGAUUGCGAAUAUCAAAAUAUGUCUCACCUCUUUUGUGAAUGAGAUAGAGUGGAAAUAAAUACAUUUAAAAAAUUAUGAUUGAACUUUGCAAAUCAAAUCUGAAUGACCCAUAGCUAUGGACACAAGCUAAACCACACUACGUGUGGUAAGAAGCACAAUCUAAGAACAAAGGGUUUACUAUUCUUGACCAGAACAAAGGUCUAAUAAAAAAUCAAACCCAGGAAUAUUUAUAGAACUACGUACAGGGCCUUAAGGCACAUAUUUUGUAAAGGAAGGAACCUGUAGAAAUAGAUUCUGAAGCCCUUAAAUGACUCUUAGUAAAUUAUUUAAGAUCCAUUAUCACUGAACUGAGUUACAAGGUGACUAGGGGAGAGAAAAACAAGUGGACUUUAUAUGCCAGUAUAACUUGGAUUUGGUUUCAGAUUAGAUUUUGCAAAAUGGUACUAUUACUCAUAUAACUUAUUACUAUCAUCUUUGAAACUGUAUGAAAAUUGAACAGUUUUUCUAAAGAAAGAAAUCUAGAUUUGUGGAUGCAUUGGGGUGAUUGUCUGCCAGUAACUUUGACAAGAUCAAAGGAUAAAAUAUAUACCUUGUUUUAUUACAUUAUAACAUUUUCUUCCUAGCUCUUAAUUUUUAUUUAUUGUGCUUUAGAUAAAAGUGUACAGAACAAAUAAUUUCACAUCAAACAGU